GUUAGUUCAGAGAGGUCGGAGCUCUCGGAACUCAGCGCAGGACUGAAUGAGCAGACGUGUGCAGCUCUGCCGGGAGUGGAGUCAAUCCUGCACAACAACACCCACUCUCUUUACACUGACGCCUUCUUCCAAUGCUGCUCUACUGUUUUCCAGUUUAAUGAAAAAGAGGAGCCGACCCGCUUUAUAAUGCAAGUGUUGAUCGUUUGGGUUUCCGUCUCAGUGAACUGAAGCCGGUCCGCCCACUCAAGGGACAUGGAAAAAAACCCGCUGGUCAUGUUUAACACAAAGUGGCAGAAACAUUGAAUAGAUCCUGAGACAAUAGACAACAUGACACCAGUUGACCUGCAGUGACGUUGGCAGUAACUGUCAUUGUCCCCACAUUUCAGGUUUACUUUCAAAGUGAGGACCAUGGGUUUACUGUCACUGGCCUGGGUGGGAGAUGGAUCCGGGGUUCUGCUGGUGUUGACGACGUUCCAGGUGCCGUUGUUCAUGAUGCGCUUCGGCCAGUCCAACCUCUACAGGAGUGAAGACUAUGGGAAGACGUUCAAAGACGUAACUCACUUGAUCAACCACACCUUCAUCCAGAGCGAGUUCGGCAUCGCCAUCAGCCCGGACCACUCUGGCAAGGUGAUGCUCACUGGCGAUGUGUCAGAAAUCGGGGGGUUUAAACUGUUUCGCUCGCAGGACUUUGGACUGACCUUUGAUCCCACUGACCUGCCGUUUGAGCCUCUCAUUCAGAUGAUGUACAACCCCAGAGACUGCAACGUACUGCUGACACUCAGUAUCACGUUGGACCUGUGGCUGUCUGAGGACUUUGGUGCCACCUGGAGGAAGAUUCAUGACAGUGUUUGUUUGGUCAGAUGGGGUAAAAAAAGCAGCAUCUACUUUACAGCGAACUACAAUGGAUCAUGCAAUGAUAAAGGAAUGUUGGAGUUAAGGAAGACGGUGGACUACGGACUAAGUUUUCAGACCAUCGCAACAAGAGUUUACUCUUUUGUGCUCGGAGGACGCUUUGUUUUUGCCUCCAUCAUGACUGGCACGGGUACAGAACGUAUGAUCCACGUGUCAGCAGAUGGAGGUGAGGUGUGGAACAUGGCGCAGCUUCCCAAGGUUAACCAUGAGCAGUUCUACUCCAUCCUGGCAGCCAAUCAGGACAUGAUAUUCAUGCACGUAGACAACCCUGGAGACUCGGGUGUGGGAACCAUCUAUGUGUCUGAUGACAGGGGAGCCGUGUUCUCCAAGUCCCUGGAGCGCCAUCUUUACACGACCACGUCAAGCGACACAGACUUUACGGCCAUUACUUCCCUUAGGGGCGUCUAUAUGACCAGCGUUCUCACAGAGGAUGAUGUAGUGGAGACAGUGAUCACCUUUGACCAAGGAGCAAAAUGGCGGCCAGUGCGGAGACCAGAUAACAGACAGUGUGACACGGAGACCUCCACCAACAGGCCAAACAGGUGCCGACUUCACAUCCACGCCUCUUACAGCACCACCAUGAAGAUGAACGUCCCCAUGCUGCCUCUCUCACAGCCCAGUGCUGUGGGCCUUAUUCUGGCUCAUGGCAGCGUUGGAGAUGCAGAGUCAGCUCUCUCCCCUGACGUGUAUGUGUCUGAUAACGGGGGCUACUCGUGGCUGUGGGCUCUCAGGGGCCCCCACCACUACGCUAUAUUGGACUCUGGAGGGCUGCUGGUGGCUGUGGAACACACAAGCUCACCUGUGAACCAGAUCAAGUUUUCAACAGAUGAGGGGCAGUGCUGGCAUACGUACAACUUCACCAGCGACCCGCUUUACUUCAGCGGCAUGGACAGUGAGCCCGGCUCUCGCUCCAUGAACGUCAGCCUGUGGGGCUACAGGAAUGACUUCAGUAAAUGGGUGGUGAUCACAAUAGACCUCAGGAAGCUCCUCACCAGAAACUGUACCGAAGGGGACUAUGUCGCGUGGCUGGCUCACUCUACAGACCCCAGUGGGUCUAUUGAUGGCUGUGUGCUGGGCUAUAAAGAGACCUUCUUACGCCUGAGGAAAGAGUCUGUCUGCUGGAAUGGGAGGGGAUAUGCCACUACUAAGAAGUUGUCCCGCUGUACAUGUACAAUGGAUGAUUAUCACUGUGACUUCGGAUAUCACCGGCCAGAGAACAGUUCAGAGUGCGUGGAGCAGGAGGAGAUGAAGGGUCAUCCUCUGGAGUUCUGCUUAAAUGGGACCACCGAACAACUUCAGACCAGCGGCUACCGGAAGAUUCCAGGGGACCAGUGUGAAGGAGGUUUUCAGCCAGAGAGGAAAGAGACCGACCUGAGGAAGAUGUGCACCAGCAACGCCCUUUAUCCAAACUCUCUGACUGAAAACAGUUCACUGAACACCGCUGUCAUAGUGAUGGUUGUCAUAGCGAUCCUUCUCACCAGUGCUGUUGCAGGCGUUUGGCUGGUUAAGAAAUAUGUUUGUGGAGGACGGUUCCUUGUGCACAGAUACUCUGUUAUGAGGGAACACGUUGAGGCUGCUAAAAUAGAGGGAGUUGAUGAUAUUGACCCUCACUACAUGGAGACUGGAAAAGCACAGGACAACGAAGACUCUGAUCAGGACCUCAUAGAAUAAGGGACAUUUAUCCACACAAAGGCACUACAUUUAACAGUCUUUCAUGAGCACUCCUUUUGCUCCCACAUGCUGAUUUCUGCUCCUCACUUCUUGUUAUCCCCUGAUGACUGGAGGACUCAACAGCAGCUCACAUUGCUUCCUUGUACUAGUUGAGUCUCCCGCAAAAAGGCCAACCGGUGGUUUGGGGAGGAAGAUGAACCCAGAGCAGAACAGAACAAAGCCUCUGGAAUCCCUAGAGUGCUUUUGUUGCUUCUGUCACAAAGAGUCCUGUAAAAGACUACGGAGUCUGAAUACAUGCUCUAUAUCCCCCAUGCUGACUUCAGAAGAUAUGGACUCUUAAGAGUUAGGGAACAUCCCAGCAACAGAACACACACAAUUAUUAUCAGUAUUUUAAACCAAUAUUCUCUCUGCUGUCUGUCAAGUAGUUUUUGUACUCUGUACAUUUUAAGACUUGUAAAAUACAGUCCUGUUGUGCAUAGUGGCCAUUUAAAAGAAAAUAACUGUUCACUUCACCCGGUGAUUCAAAUUUGGCCACAGCAUUUAAAGACUAGGCUUACAACUACAAGUUACCUUUAUGUCACAGAUGAUUUAGAACUGAGCACUUUUCAUUUUAACAGCAGCUACUGAGAGCAGCAGUGCCUCAUUUUAUAAUAGUCACUUGUUCAUAUUUUUGCUGUACACAUUACAUACUUUACCUGAUAGAAAUGGACCAGAAAUUGAAUCAUGUGAGGAAAUUUAGAUAUGAACCUUUCAGUACAGUAUUAUGGCUCUUAUAUAUAACAGAAAUUACUUUUUAGUAGAUCAAAUAUAAUCAUCAGUCAAAAGUCGUUAUUCUUACAUAUGUCAUCUUUUUACUUAUUAUCAAUUCGUUUCAAUUUGUAGAUGAGCAAACUAAAAUUGAAUUGAAAUAGACAAGCUAGAAAUAAGUUUAAAUACGUAGUAAAAGCCAAAUUAGUGACUGCUAGUCCUUACUUUACAUUUUUAGUACCUAUUUAGACUUUUGGAAGAAUUUUAAAAGGGGGCGCCAUUGUUGUUGUGAAGACACAACAACAAACAAUUGUUUUAUACAGUGCAUCUUUAUACAAGCAGAAUAUUCUCCUGUAUUUAUGGUAAGAAUGAAAGACUUGAAUUAUUUCCAAAGCACUUUUGUUGUUGUGUUGUGUUAUACUUGUUUCCUUUUUAGCUGAAGGUUUGCCCAUGUGAGUCAAUACCAAUAUGCAUUUGUCAAACAAACAUCAUCAUCAAGCUAAUCAAGUGUUUUUAAAGACCAUGCUGGCCUGAACUGUAACACCAUGCUCUUUGUACGGCUUAACAUUAACAGUGUCAACCGUUUCAGAAUUACACUGAUACCGCUAUUUUCAAAAUACUAGUCUUAUAUUUUGUUGAAUCCCAAUUUAAUAAUCUCACAGAUGUUACAAAACAUCCACAAUAAGAUAACUAAUUUAUCAGAUUGAUGUUUGUGGUGGCCAUAACAAGCAUUAACUUUAACGUUAUUUUCAGCUGACACUUCACUGUUAUAUAUGAAAUGUUGUGAUGGAGCUCAACUGUUAUGAUUGACUGGCUGCCAUUUCUAUUAUAUGCAAUGUAAGAACUGCAACUUUUGACACGUGCAGGUCUUAUGGCCAUUGCUUGUGUGUUCCAGCAGAGUGAGUAAUAUCCCAGCGAAUAAGCUAUUGUAAUAAACUGGCCUGAUAGAGUAUUCUCCAGGACUGUUAGCUGUACUUUGUCAGCUAUAAGAGUGGAUUCAUAUGCUUGAUGCUUCUUUAUUUACACAACCGUCCAUAAGAACAAAUACGGCUACAGUAUAUACUGGAUUUAAUGGUUUAUUUUUGCACUGUAUCUACAGAUCUGUGAAAAAGUUACAUUUGUGCUCCUUGUAUAUCUAAGUGUUUAGGCCAUGAGUUGUGAUAAUCAUUCCAUCUGGUUUUCUUAAUUGUGAGAAUGCUAGAAUUCUAGAAUAUCAGAGAUAAGUAUCUCUGAAUUAAACUAUUCUGUAGCACAAAUGUUUCAUGACGAUGUUUGCAUUUUUUAAAUGAAAUUACACAA